CUAUCUGUUAUCUGUUGUCAUUUUCCGGGCGGCUAGCCGCUAGACGCUCGCCCACUAGCAGCAUACUUUGAUCCAGCAGGAUGUUAGGAUGGAGUGUGGCCCAUUUCUGCCAGACGUUCUGGUGUUGGAGAUCUUCCUGCGUCUGCCCCACGAUGCCGUGCUGAGAGCGGGCCUCACCUGCCGCCAAUGGCUGGCUGUAUCCAGAGAUGAGUUUUUAUGGAGGGAGCUCUUUUACUCCUACUAUCGCAUCCCCCGCACCGUACCCCGACACCCAGCGGCCGUGUCGUGGUACAGGGAAUUCAAGCGUCUCUUUGACUGCAUCCCGUGCGUCGAGGUUCAAACGCUGAGGGAGCACACUGACCAGGUUCUCCAUUUGGCCUUUUCACACCGGGGCCAUCGCUUCUCCUCGUGCUCCAAAGACUGCACUGUUAAGCUCUGGGACACGGAGCGACACGAUGGCAACAUUGCGCUGGUGCACAGCUCCAGCAUGCGGCAGUUCAACUGGGGCUACACGCAGUUCUCGCAGUUUAACGCCAACGACACCCUGCUGCUGGUUUCCGGCGUCUACCUGGGCCCGCACCACUCCUCCUCCGGGGAGAUCGCCGUCCUCAGUCUCGAAAACUACACUUUGCUAUCACGGGUGAGAAACAAGCCGUACGACGUGUUCGGCUGCUGGCUCAAUGAGACCCACCUGAUCUCAGGAAACCUUCACUGGAUCGGCAACAUGACGUCCUGCUCUGUGCUGUGGCUCAAUAAAGCCUUCCAGGAUAUCGAGUCUGAGAAUGUAAACGUGGUGAAGCGCCUUUUCAAGAUCCAAAACAUCAACGCCAGCACCAUCCGCACCGUCAUGGUGGCCCACUGCCGGCGUCACGACAACCCCGACCUGCUGCUGGACUACGACGCUCAGUGUCAGGCCCGCAAGCAGAAAUGUCAACAACAGCAGCAGCCGCUGCUAUUUGACUUGGGAACAUCCAGCAGCGACGAGGAGGAGGACGAGGAGGACGCGGCGAGUCCGAGAGACGCCAGAGGUCAAGGCACGGCUGCCGCACAAGCCCCCAUUUCAAACCUGGAGCACUUGAAACAGACUUGUAAGAACCUGGACCCCAGCCAGGUGGCCCUCGAGAGACAGGUGGCUCAGAUGAUGGGCCGGGUCCACACCAAAGCCCCGGACUCCAACCUACUGGAGACCUCGGAGUCCGGCGACGCAGAGGACAAGACUUACUUAUUGUUUACCACCGGCAGCCUUACGUACUCGCCCCACCAGAUAGGCAUUAAGAGGAUCAAGCCGGACCAGAUGACCACCUGCGGACCCGUGCUGGGAGAAGAACGCAGCUCUGAUGAGUUCUUCGACUCGCUGGACCACGUCAUUGAUAUCCACGGGCACAUCAUCGGGAUGGGUCUCUCGCCGGACAACCGGUACCUGUACGUGAACAGCCGGGCGUGGCCCGCCGGCUGCAUCAUAUCCGACCCCAUGUCCCCGCCUCCCAUCGCCGAGGAGAUCGACCUUCACGUGAUCGACCUGAAGAGUCUGAGGGAGGAGCGGCGCAGUCUUCGCGCCCACCGAGCCUUCACGCCCAACGACGAGUGCUUCUUCAUCUUUCUGGAUGUCAGCAGAGACUUUGUUGCCAGCGGCGCCGAGGACAAGCACGGCUACAUCUGGGACCGCCACUACAACAUCUGCCUGGCACGGCUGGCCCACGAUGACGUGGUCAACUCGGUGGCCUUCAGCUCCGCCGACCAGGAGCUGUUGCUGUCGGCCAGUGACGACGCAACCGUCAAGGUGUGGCGCUCCCCCCGAGCCGUACGCCUGGCGCAGGACGCCGCUUGCCGGCCUGCCCGGACACGCAACCGUGCCGGCCUUCUGGCCUCCUGGCUCAAUCGUGGCAGGGGCCUUAACGGCAAGCCUUGAGGCCCAAUUCCCUCAGCACCGCACAGACUGUUGACAGCUGUGCUGUGAACUAUCCCGAGACAUUUUUAAACGAAAAAAAGAGGAUGUUUUUUUUUAGGUUUUUUUUUUUUUUUUUUUACAUCACAUCCCUCUACAUUGCCCCGGACAUGACAUGGAAGGAAAAAAAAUACAUUGUGGCAACAAUACAGAUAAAAUGUGUAUCCAAAAGAAUUGCCUUGAAAUGUAACGUCCAGACAAACAAUCCACAAUGUGGAUGUAAAAUGAACAAAAAUACAAAUUUAAAGGUAUUAAAUUAGUUGUUAAGACUCGCUUGUAGCAAAAUAACAGCUCUAACAUGCCCAAAAUAUUUUGAGAUCGCAAAAUACUAAUUUAUGUCCACAAAAAUACCCUGAAAAAGGAUUAACACGAAUAUUACUAAAAAAAAAUCGCAUGUCAUGUUUGGGUUGCUGUUUUCUCGUCAUAUUUUCUUACACUUUUUUUUUUUUUUUGGUCGGAACAUCACCUCCCACGUUUUGGUGGACUUAUUUUUGGGCCUACCUGCUAAUGACAUGGAACCUUAAAGGGAUCCUUUUGGAGUUUGUCUAACCCACACUCUCAUGCACUAAUCAUCGAUCAUUUUUUUUUGUAAUUUAGCAUGUUCCUUUGGAGAAUGUUACAAAAUAGACCCAAGAUGUAAUAUUUUUAUUAGCAGACAUUCUUCAAUGUAGAAUACAGCAGGCUAAUAUGUAUUCUACAUUGAAUUAAAAAAUAAGUAAAAAAUAAAAAGUGCACAGUGACUUUUGAUACACAGGACACACCAUUAGGCAAGCCUGUACCACUUUGCCCUUCUCUUGUAGCCAAAAUAUUUGUAACACAGUGUGACAGUGCCAUUCAACACUGUUGUUAAGAUGGUGCAGGUGUACCUAAUGGUGUGUCCAGUGGAUGGAUAACAGUAGCACAAUUGUUACAUUUGUUUCUCUUUACUUUCAAACCCUUGAGUGAAUGUGUGGUAUUUUUUUGUUAACUUGUAAUAAUUCUUGUUGGACUAUGAGGAUUUUCUUGUUUUUGUUGUUGGUCGUUUUUUCCCCCCCACUCAUAUUGACAUAUCCCAAAAUAAAUAGUGUAUGUAUUGAACAGCAA